AUGCUGAUUGACGCUUUGCCGGAAACCCUGUCACAGGAGCAGCCGGUGUUUGACCAAGAUGGCAAAGAAGUAGGCACUAUUCUACCUGCGAUGACCAGCAAACCUCAGCGAAACAUAUCCGUCCACAUUCCUCGCAGCACCCUCAUCAGGCCGGCAAGCCUUUAUCAAGGUGAACAGCUGCGGCCUAGCGAACGAGAAUGGGUAUCGGUGAGGUCUUUAUUACAAGAGAUGCGGCAGAACAGCCACGAUGGAGAGCAACAAGAUUUUGUUGAGUUCGAGAUUAAAGACUUCGCCGUGUACACUGACGCUACGGUGCCGGAUAGCAAGCCUUACAAGGAUAGAUAUUAUCCCUACGAGAUGCGCCCUCUGCAACAUCUGCGCAUUCGGGACAAAUGCUCCCUGAUGUACGUCGACGGUAUUUUAUGUGCGGGAGAGAAGCAAUUCUUUGUCAGGGAGAUUCCUUUCGAUCAAUUACCUAUCGGUAACUACGGAGAUUCGGAGGUCACGGUCGGCUCUGCAAUAUGGAUACGUUCGAAACUCAACGUUGCUGUAGCCAAAGAGAAAGGCCCAGAUGUUUACUAUCGUCUUGGGAAUCCAGCGUCAGAGUACCGACGCUACCAUGCUGGUUUCCUCUGGGUUGCAGAUCUCGCUAAGCACGUAGUAGACUAUGUCUCUGCUGCUAUGGAGCAUGGCCGUCGUGUCACGUUUCGAGACUUCCGAUCUAACUUCUCUCAAUGGCUUUCGGAUACGCAUGGCCACUCGAAUGCCUUUUCUAAAUGGCGACGACAAUAUUCCGGAGAGGACUUUUGCACAGCAAUUGUACCAAAUGUCGACUUCAUCUAUUGGGAAGCUUAUGGGGUCCUUGGGGACACAGCCACAACGAUCGAUCUCUGGGGAGAGAUUUUCGACUUGUCGCCAACGCCGGCUAGAAAGAAAAAACUUGAGGCAGCUGAUUUACCUAAAACAGUGGUAACUCCUUACGUUAAUGACCUCUUUCAUCAUUUGCCCUGUGGACCGAUGAUGGAGGCAACCAAUCCAAGCGCAAACACGGAAAGGCUCCGGAAGGGCGUUAUCCAGGGUCUGGGUUUGGAGGGGGCCACAAGAGCCCAUACUACUGUCAAGGACUUCGUUGAGAGGACCGGUCAGAAGGUACGAGUUGGAGACGUAAUCUCCACCCAUAGGGACGACAGUGAAGAACACUGGGCUCGCGAGGCCGGAUUCAACAACGUUGACUGUUGGUUUGGGCUCGUCCAGAAAGUCCACAGUGCUCAAAACUGGAAACAGACCACCUUCGAUGUUAUCUGGAUAUAUACGCCAAGUCACACACUCUGCGGGACAAUGAAGUACCCAUGGAAUAACGAGCUCUUCCUGUCUCUUCACUGCACAUGCGGCGAUUCUACCUUUGAAAAGAUCGAAGAGAGUGAGGUAUUGGGGGUCCACAAAGUGGACUGGGGCGGCUCGUCUGGAACCGACACAGAGUUCUUUUGUCGCCAGACGUACCUCCAUGAGGAGCGAAAAUGGAUCACGUUCAGAGAGCAACACCUGCGAUGCCGUCACCGCCAAGAUACACCGGACUUUCCUUAUCUAGUGGGAGAUACUUUGUUGGUCACCCUACAUUCAGAUGACUCUAUAGUCGAGCCCUGCGAACUAGCAACUCUGCCCGACGCGGAUGGCAUAGCAAUGUUUCGCCGCCUAGAGCGCAGACAUCGCCUGCAGCCCGACAUAGAUGUUUCACCGAAUGAACUUGUCUACACCGACGAUGAAUUUGCCAUUGAGCAGAGAAACAUCCAUGGAAGAUGUCUCGUCCGAUUCUUCGGCCCCGAUGAAAAGAUACCGCCACCCUAUGAUCGCAACGGGGUGGGCAAUGCCUUCUAUAUAACGAAGCGAUGGCGGGAUGGUGUUAUGACUCCCAUUAAAGAUGCUCCCACUCUAUCGCUCAGACAGGGAUUCGAUCCCAGGAAGAAGUUCCCUAGGCUUCGGGGCUUCGACCUCUUCUGCGGCGGUGGAAACUUUGGUCGCGGCCUUGAAGAAGGUGGGGCGAUCGAGAUGAACUGGGCCAACGACAUCAACACAAUAGCCAUCCAAACCUAUAUGGCUAAUGCUACUAGUACCGUUCAUCCUUUUGCUGGGUCAAUUGACGACCUUCAACGGCUUGCCCUACAAGGUGAAUUUUGCGAAAAAGUCCCUACGGUCGGGAUGGUCGACUUUGUUUCGGCCGGCAGCCCAUGCCAAGGCUUUUCACGCUUGACAAACGAUCAAAACGACGUUAAACAGCACAAGAACCGGUCCAUGGUAGCAGCUUUUGCUUCGUUCGUUGAUAUGUAUCGACCUCGUUAUGGCGUGCUUGAGAACGUCAUGGAGAUCAUUAAUAAGGAGGAGCGCCGAGACGAAGAUAUGUUCAGCCAGCUGGUUUGCGCCCUCGUCGGGCUCGGCUACCAGGUAGAAGCAUUCCUGUUAGGCUCCUGGAGCUAUGGAUCACCGCAGAGCCGAAGAAGGGUUUUCUUGUGCUUUGCUGCGCCUGGCCUCCCUCUUCCCGACAUGCCUCUCCAUUCUCAUUCCCAAUGUUCGGCUAAGAAUCAAAGUCGUGGAUUGGGCCGGCUUCCUAACGGCAAACCAAUGAUCGAACAACCGAUAAUGCCUACUCCCUUCAAGUUCGUCAGCAUCAGAGAGGCGACGGCUGACUUGCCUGAUAUCAUGGAUGGAAAGGCAGACUGCUGUAUCGACUUUCCCGACCACAGAGUCUCCGUCGGUGUCACCAAGAGAAUACGCACACAGAUGAGCGUCAUCCCCUUCCAUCCCUACGGGAUGAACUUCUACAAAACCUGGGCCAAAGGAAAGGGAACCAUGACCCUGGCAGAGAGAGGCUUGUUCCCGGAGAAGGGAGAGAGGGUCGAUGGAAAAAAAAACGCUUGGGGACGAGCUUUACCAGACGAUGUCAUACCAACAAUUACGACUACUCCCUCGCCUACAGAUGCUCGCGUCGGAUCCACAAUGCAUUGGGAGCAGGAUCGCAUUUUGACUGUGAUGGAAGCCCGGCGUGCGCAAGGCUUUCAAGACCACGAGGUCCUUCUUGGAUCACCCAGUGACCAAUGGAAGAUCGUUGGAAACAGUGUGGCUAGGCAGGUCUCGUUAGCGUUGGGUCUAUCCUUUCGCCAGGCGUGGUUGGGAUCUCUGGUUGAUGGAGAUGAAGUUGGACCAAAAGUCCACAUCGCACAAGACGUCUCCGAUGAUGUGCAGAUUAUGGACACGCCGCCUCUGGCAGAAUCGCGUACGAGCAUCUCCGGUUCUGCAUCGCCAGCGUCAUCGUCGAGUCGCGCCGUCCCUGCGAAGCGUCCUCUAGGAAGCACACUUUUGGUUGAGCGCUUCACGUCGAAGAUGACGAAGUCGAGCCGGACACAGACAUCGAGUGGUAACAGAACCACAGUCGAGGUGGAGGACCAAGUCCAGGCCGAAGUGACGACGUCGUUGGUGACCUCGGACAUUGAGAUCAUUGAGAUCGACUAG